AUGAGCGACCCAACAGGCGUAUCCAUAAUCGGCAGCGGCAUCUUCGUAAAAGAACAACACCUCCCCGCCGUCCUCGCCUGCCCCUCCCUCUCCCUCAAAGCAAUCUACUCCCGCUCCCUCGCCUCCGCCAAAUCCGUGUCCUCCUCCCUUUCCAACCCCGUAGACCUCUACAGCGACGACUCGGAAAAGUCAUACAAAGACGUCCUCUCCCGCCCCGACGUCCAGGCCGUAAUCAUCGCGCUCCCCAUCCUCGUACAACCGGACUUCAUCAAGCAAGCUCUGAGCGCGGGCAAGCACGUGUUAGCGGAGAAACCGCUGGCGCCAGAUGUCAAGGCGGGCAAGGAGUUGGUGGAUUGGUAUCAUAAGAACGUCGACGAUAAGAAGGUGAACUUUUCUGUGGCAGAGCAGUUUAGGUAUUAUGCCGCGUACCAGCAUGCUGCGAAGCAAGUCUCGCAACUUGGGAAAGUGCAGGGGGUGAAGGUGCGGAUGCACACGUGCAUUCAGAAGGGGAUGAAGUACAUCGAGACGGAAUGGCGGAAGAAGCCGCAGCAUCAGGGUGGGUUCUUGUUGGAUGGUGGUGUACAUUUCAUCGCUGGCAUGAGAGUGGUGUUGGGUGGAGGUGGAGUGAAGGUGGACAGGCUGAGUGCGAAUACAGCGUUGUUGCAAGACUAUCUGCCGCCCGUUGAUACGGUGGAUGCGACGUUGAGGCUGGACAACGGAAGUACGGGGAGCUUUGCUGUGAGUUUCGGAACGAGCUUUGAAGGGGCAGAAUGGACAGUCGCGUGUGAAAAGGGUACCGUGAGCGUGGACAGGACGAUCGUCAAGACGAAGCCCAAGGGUGGAGAGGAGAAGGUGGAAGAUGUGAAGGAUGAGGUCGGUGGGACGGCGAACCAGGAGCAUGUGCCUAUAGGCAGUGUUAUGCCUGAAGUCUUUGCAUGGGCGAAGAGCUUGAAGGAGGGCAAAUGGGAUGCCAAGCAGAGUGCAGAGGAAGGGCUGGCAGAUUUGGAGAUUCUGGAGGCGCUUCUGAAGAGUGGUGAGAAGCACGGAGAGCCAGUGACUCUGAAGUAUCAAGUAUGA